AGCUGCAGUUUCUGGAUAAAAUCAGCAGCAACUGCUGGAGGAUUAAAAAGGGAUUCGUUCCCAACAUGCAGGUUGAAGGAAACUUCUACGUGAACGACUCCCUGGAGAAACUGAUGUUUGAGGAGCUUCGUAACGCCUGUCGGGGGGGAGGUCGGCUGCAGCUCUUUAAACCGUUGUAUUCAGACAGGAAGUAGUAAAGGCAGCAGAGCGAUGUACGGCUGUAACGUCAUGUAUUUCAGACAACCAGACUCCAUUGACAAAAACAGUAAUUUUACCUCUGAGCACACAGGAGCUGCUGGGCGACGUCGACAGUGACACAUCACAAUGAGCGAUGAUGUUUUUAGACCCCGGGACGAUAAAGACCAACAACGUCACACAAUAACACAAACUAAUGACAGAAGGAGGCAGCGGUGGAGCAGCAGCUCCUCUCUUCUGUGAGGUUUCGGUGGAUUCCUUCCUGCCAUGAAACAAAUCGGGAACGUGGCGGCGCUGCCGGGAAUCGUCCACAGAUCCAUCGGUCUCCCAGACGUCCACUCUGGAUACGGAUUUGCGAUCGGAAACAUGGCGGCCUUCGACAUGAACAACCCCGACGCCGUGGUGUCUCCAGGUGGCGUCGGUUUCGACAUAAACUGCGGCGUCCGUCUGCUGAGGACGAACCUGGACGAGGGAGACGUGCAGCCGGUGAAGGAGCAGCUGGCUCAGUCGCUGUUCGACCACAUCCCGGUGGGGGUCGGGUCCAAGGGAGUCAUCCCCAUGGGAGCCAAGGACCUGGAGGAGGCUCUGGAGAUGGGAGUGGACUGGUCUCUGAGGGAGGGUUACGCCUGGGCCGAGGACAAGGAGCACUGCGAGGAGUACGGCAGGAUGCUGCAGGCCGACCCCAACAAAGUCUCCUCCAAGGCCAAGAAGAGAGGCCUGCCGCAGCUCGGCACUCUGGGAGCAGGUAACCACUACGCAGAGAUCCAGGUGGUGGACGAGAUCUACGACGACUACGCCGCCAAGAAGAUGGGCAUCGACCACAAAGGUCAGGUGUGUGUGAUGAUCCACAGCGGCAGCAGAGGGCUCGGACACCAGGUGGCCACAGACGCUCUGGUCGCCAUGGAGAAGGCGAUGAAGAGGGACAAUAUCAUCGUGAACGACCGUCAGCUGGCGUGCGCUCGCAUCAUGUCGCAGGAGGGACAGGACUACCUGAAGGGGAUGGCGGCCGCGGGAAACUACGCCUGGGUCAACCGCUCGUCCAUGACCUUCCUCACCAGACAGGCCUUUUCUAAAGUGUUCAGCACGACGCCGGACGACCUGGACAUGCACGUCAUCUACGACGUUUCCCACAACAUCGCCAAAGUGGAGGAGCACAUCGUGGACGGGAAGCAGAUGACUCUGCUGGUCCACCGCAAAGGAUCCACGCGAGCGUUCCCGCCGCACCACCCCCUGAUCCCCGUAGACUACCAGCUCACAGGUCAGCCGGUGUUGAUCGGAGGGACGAUGGGAACCUGCAGCUACGUCCUCACAGGAACCGAAAAAGGGAUGACGGAGACGUUCGGCACCACCUGUCACGGAGCGGGUCGCGCUUUGUCUCGAGCGAAGUCCCGCAGGAACCUGGACUUCCAGGACGUUCUGGACAAACUGGCCGACAAGGGCAUCGCCAUCCGCGUGGCUUCACCUAAACUGGUCAUGGAGGAGGCUCCUGAAUCGUACAAGAACGUGACGGACGUCGUCAACACGUGUCACGACGCUGGAAUCAGUAAGAAGGCGAUUAAACUUCGACCGAUCGCUGUGAUUAAAGGAUGAAGCUGCACGACUCGAUGUUUAAAGACAAUUUGCACCAAACGAAGGUCGUCGUGAUGAAAGAGAGACUUCAGAAGCAGAAGAUAUUCGCUUUUUGUUUUGUUUUGGUGUGGAAUUAAUUUUUGUUUAAGAAAUUGAGCAGCGGGAAAAAAUAAGUUUGAAAUUUUUUUUUUGUUUCAUGCCAAAUCUGUGAUCUAAAUAAAGGAGAUCACUUAAAACUGAAUCAUAUACUCCAUUAAUAAGCUUUGAGGCAGCAACCAAUCAGAGUCCUUGAUUGCUGGAAAACAACAGUGGCAGCUGCUGACGAGGUUAGCGUGUUAGCUGCUAUAUCAGAACUGUGCUGUACGAUUUUAUUUACCUUUAUUUUUGCAAUUAUUUCUUUCUAACGUAAAAAAAAAAAUUGUAGCAAACAUCACAAUUGUUUAGAAAAGCUGCCAUGAAAUCGAACUUUUUUUGGUACUAAAAAUCUUCCUUAUAGAAGAUCAAGAUUUGUUGUUUUGGUUUGUUUCUAAAGUUUUUUUUGUUUUCAGGCUCCUGAAUCGGACAAAAACAAAAUCUGCUGUGAAAUCAGGAAUUUUAAGGCUCAACAAUCUAAAAACCCCUGGAAGGACUGAUCAAGGGACUUUUUGAUUUAUGGACUUAUUGAUUAAUGGAGUAAUGGUAUAAGGGGUAAUGCCUUUUCAGGUGUCCAUUAUCAGGAAUUAAUGGACGGUCCUUUACAUAAUUACCUCUUCUCUUAUAGCAACAUGUGCUUCUCUUGCAGUAGAUCUAAUGCGCUGAUAGUGGAUCUAAAAUGAUUAAAACAUCAAAUGAAAAAGGUUUGAAAGUGUGAAACAUCUUUAAUUUUAAAUGAAUCAACAUUUUAGGAAUGUAUUAGGUAAUCUUAGAGUUUUAAAUAACAUUAUUUAUCUCAUAUAGCGACACUGCGGCUGAUGUUUACAACUCAUUUCAGAUGAAUCCGGCUUCUGCUCGGGGACGUUUGUUUUGUUGCUUUACAAGUUCAUACAUUUUAAAUAAAAUAACAUUUCCCUACUUUUACAUUGGUUGGUUUAGAAAACAUACCGACCAACCUACGAACCUUCUCACUCGACCAUAAAGGUCCCUGCGGGUCCUCGGGUUGAUCCAAUAUCCUGUUCACUUCAAAAUAAAAGUCCUCUGGUACAAUUUAA